GGAGGGGGCGCCGGCGCCGCCAUCUUCGCUCCCGCCCGCCGGCCCCGCGGCGCGCAGCCACCAUGAGCGCCGCCGCCUUCCACAUCUCCAGCCUCCUGGAGAAGAUGACGUCCAGCGACAAGGACUUCAGGUUCAUGGCCACCAGUGACCUGAUGUCUGAGCUGCAGAAGGACUCCAUCCAGCUGGACGAGGACAGCGAGCGCAAGGUGGUGAAGAUGCUGCUUCGGCUCCUGGAGGACAAGAACGGGGAGGUGCAGAACCUGGCUGUCAAGUGCCUGGGUCCUCUGGUGGGCAAAGUGAAGGAGUACCAGGUGGAGACCAUCGUGGAUGCCCUCUGUGCCAACAUGCGGUCAGACAAGGAGCAGCUCCGAGACAUCGCGGGCAUUGGCCUCAAGACCGUCCUCUCGGAGCUCCCCCCUGCAGCCACAGGCUCCGGGCUUGCCACCAACGUGUGCCGGAAGAUCACAGGCCAGCUCACCAGUGCCAUCGCCCAGCAGGAAGAUGUGGCUGUGCAGCUGGAAGCCCUGGACAUCCUUUCUGAUAUGCUGAGCAGGCUGGGCGCCCCGCUGGGUGCCUUCCACGCCAGCCUCCUUCACUGCCUGCUGCCCCAGCUCAGCAGCCCGCGCCUGGCUGUGCGCAAGCGGGCGGUCGGGGCGCUCGGCUACCUGGCGGCCGCCUGCAGCACCGACCUCCUCGUGGAGCUCGCUGACCACCUGCUGGACCGGCUGCCCGGCCCCCGCGCACCCGCCAGCCCUGCCGCCAUCCGCACCCUGAUCCAGUGCUUGGGCAGCGUUGGCCGCCAGGCCGGCCACCGGCUCGGGGCCCACCUGGACCGCCUGGUGCCCCUGGUAGAGGAUUUCUGCAACCUGGAUGAUGAUGAGCUCCGCGAGUCCUGCCUCCAGGCCUUCGAGGCCUUCUUGAGGAAGUGUCCCAAGGAGAUGGGCCCUCACAUGCCCAACGUGACCAGCCUCUGCCUCCAAUACCUGAAGCACGACCCCAACUAUAACUAUGACAGUGACGAGGAUGAAGAGCAGAUGGAGACAGAAGAUAGCGAAUUCAGUGAGCAAGAGAGUGAGGAUGAGUACAGUGACGACGACGACAUGAGCUGGAAGGUGCGCCGGGCAGCGGCCAAGUGCCUGGCAGCCUUGAUUGAUUCUCGGCCCGACCUGCUGCCCGAGUUCCACUGCACCCUGGCACCCGCGCUCAUCAGCCGCUUCAAGGAACGUGAGGAGAAUGUCAAGGCCGAUGUCUUUGGGGCUUACAUCGUGCUGCUGCGGCAAACGCGGCCCCCGAAGGGGUGGCUGGAGGCCGUGGAAGAGCCCACCCAGACUGGCAGCAACCUCCACAUGCUGCGUGGACAGGUGCCGCUUGUGAUCAAGGCCCUGCAGCGGCAGCUUAAAGAUCGGAGCAUCAGGGCCCGCCAGGGCUGCUUCAGCCUUCUCACCGAGCUGGCGGGCGUCCUCCCUGGCAGCCUGGCAGAGCACAUGCCCGUGCUGGUAUCAGGCAUCGUGUCCUCGCUGGCCGACCGCUCCAGCUCCUCCACCAUCCGGAUGGAUGCCCUGGCCUUCCUGCAGGGGCUACUGGGCACGGAGCCGGCCGAGGCCUUCCACCCACACCUGCCUGCCCUCCUGCCACCUGUGAUGGCCUGUGUGGCCGACCCUUUCUACAAGAUUGCAGCUGAGGCCCUGCUGGUGCUACAGGAGCUGGUGAGGGCCCUGUGGCCGCUGGACAGGCCUCGGGUGCUGGACCCCGAGCCAUAUGUUGGAGAGAUGUCGACGGCCACCCUGGCGAGACUCCGUGCCACUGACCUAGACCAGGAGGUAAAGGAGCGGGCCAUCUCCUGCAUGGGCCACCUCGUAGGUCACCUGGGUGACCGACUAGGGGAUGACCUGGAGCCCACAUUACUGCUCCUCCUGGAUCGCCUGCGGAAUGAGAUCACCCGGCUGCCUGCCGUCAAGGCGCUGACUCUGGUGGCUGUGUCCCCACUACGGCUCGAUCUGCAGCUCAUCCUGGCUGAGGCACUGCCCAUCCUGGCCUCAUUCCUGCGCAAGAACCAGCGGGCACUGCGGCUGGCCACGCUGGCUGCCCUGGACGCCCUGGCCCAGAGCCAGGGACUCAGCCUCCCACCGUCCGCCGUACGGGCCGUGCUGGCUGAGCUGCCUGCUCUGGUCAAUGAGAGUGACAUGCAUGUGGCCCAGCUGGCUGUGGACUUCCUUGCCACAGUCACCCAGGCCCAGCCGGCCUCUUUGGCGGAGGUCAGCGGCCCUGUGCUCUCAGAGCUGCUGCGGCUGCUGCAUUCGCCCCUGCUGCCAGCUGGGGUGCUGGCAGCCACUGAAGGCUUCCUGCAGGCUCUGGUGGGGACCCGCCCCCCGUGUGUGGACUAUGCUGAACUCAUCAGCCUGCUCACUGCUCCCGUUUAUGACCAGGCUGUGGACGGUGGGCCAGGCCUGCACAAGCAGGUGUUCCACUCGCUGGCCCGGUGUGUGGCAGCCCUCUCAGCCGCCUGUCCCCAGGAGGCAGCAGGCACAGCCAACCGCCUGGUCUGUGAUGCCAGGUCACCCCACUCCAGCACGGGGGUCAAGGUCCUGGCAUUCUUGUCACUGGCCGAGGUGGGUCAAGUGGCUGGACCAGGCCCCCAGCGGGAGCUGAAGGCAGUGCUUCUGGAAGCCUUGGGGUCACCCAGUGAGGAUGUGAGGGCUGCAGCCUCAUAUGCGCUGGGCCGCGUUGGCGCUGGUAACCUGCCCGACUUCCUGCCCUUCCUGCUGGGGCAGAUUGAGGCUGAGCCCCGGCGGCAGUACCUGCUGCUGCACUCGCUCAGGGAGGCCCUGGGGGCUGCCCAGCCUGACAGCCUGAAGCCCUAUGCUGAGGACAUCUGGGCCCUGCUGUUCCAGCACUGCGAGGGUGCCGAGGAGGGCACCCGGGGGGUGGUGGCUGAGUGCAUCGGCAAGCUGGUCCUUGUGAACCCUCCGUUCCUUCUGCCCCGCUUCCGGAAGCAGCUUGCUGCAGGUCGGCCACACACCCGGAGCACUGUCAUCACGGCGGUCAAGUUCCUCAUCUCAGACCAGCCCCAUCCCAUCGACCCCCUCCUGAAGAGCUUCAUUGGAGAAUUCAUGGAGAGCCUGCAGGACCCAGACCUGAACGUGCGCCGUGCCACUCUGGCUUUCUUCAACUCGGCCGUGCACAACAAGCCCUCGCUGGUCCGGGACCUGCUGAACGACAUCCUGCCCCUCCUCUACCAGGAGACAAAGAUCCGCCGGGACCUCAUCCGAGAGGUGGAGAUGGGGCCCUUUAAGCACACGGUGGACGACGGGCUGGACGUGCGGAAGGCGGCUUUCGAGUGUAUGUACUCGCUGCUCGAGAGCUGCCUGGGCCAGCUGGACAUCUGUGAGUUCCUUAACCACGUGGAGGAUGGGCUGAAGGACCACUAUGACAUCCGGAUGCUGACUUUCAUCAUGCUUGCCCGGCUGGCUACCCUGUGUCCUGCGCCCGUCCUGCAGAGGGUGGACCGGCUUAUUGAGCCACUCAGGGCCACCUGCACCACCAAGGUCAAAGCUGGUUCUGUGAAGCAGGAGUUUGAGAAGCAAGAUGAACUGAAGCGCUCUGCGAUGAGGGCAGUGGCCGCCCUGCUGACCAUCCCGGAGGUGGGGAAAAGCCCCAUCAUGGCCGACUUCUCCUCCCAAAUCCGAUCCAACCCUGAACUUGCCACCCUCUUUGAAAGCAUCCAGAAGGAUUCUGCUUUAGCCCCCAGCAUGGACUCGAUGGAGCUCAGCUAGUGCUCCCCCAGUGCCCAGGUGGGCCCUUACUUAAAAGGAGCCCAGCCAAGCCCGAGGCCUCACCCUCCCACCAUCAUAGGCCUUAGGGUUCUACUUAUCCUUCCAUCAUCUCACUGGGGGCCCUCCUGCUCCUCGUCAGGGCUUACAGUGCCUUCCCCAGGGACCCAAACUCACAGGCCCCCAGCCCAAGCUUCGAGGCUGCCAACAGUUGGGCCCUUUAACUCAGGACAGUCAUCCAAAGAAACGGAGAAUUUUCCAGUGACACUUCACACUGUACCCCUCCAUAGUCUGGUUCCUUCAAACAGGGGAGUCCCUGCUUCACAAACUAGUACUUAGAAAUAGGUUGUGACAGCUGUGAGAGGUUAG